AGGGUUUUGAUUUCAAGCUUUUGCCUUUGCGCCCAAAUUCCAAAAACCUCAGCGAUUCAAAUCCGACCUGAUUCAUCCUAUUUUCAAUGCAAGAUUGUUCCUUUUUCCUGAUUAACGAACGUUCAUCACAAGCAAAAUCAUGUCGCCCAACAAUUCAGAAGAAAAUUUGAGCGGGAGUCAGAACCGUAGAAUCACCUGGGAUGGCUGCAGUGUGUUGCUGGACAUCAACGAUGGCGAUCGAGUGCUUUUUGCUCGCCUCACUGCCGGCUCGAAAAUAAAGAUAGGAGACAAGAAUUGCUCUCUGCAGCCUUUGAUUGGGUGCCCGUUUGGGUCUUCGUUUCAGGUGGAAGUUGGCGCAGAGGAACCAUUCCUAGCUCCGCUUAUUCCAAAUGCAGAAGGUAAUGGCCUCGGCGAGAAAGCGGAUGAUCAAACUAUGGAGGAGUGCAGAGAUAAUCGUGCAUUAGUUGAUAAUAACACAGCCCAGUCUCUCACGGGUGAAGACAUAGAUGGCAUGCGCAAAAAGGGAGCUACUGGAGAUGAAAUAGUUCAGGCUCUUAUUGCAAACAGUGCGACAUUUGAAAAGAAAACAGCUUUUUCACAGGAAAAAUAUCGCAUUAAAAAGCAGAAAAAAUAUGCGCCAAGAGUACUUCUAAGACGUCCGUUUGCAAGAAGCAUCUGUGAAGCAUAUUUCAAGAAACAUGCUGAGAAAAUCGGAUUUUUGCGGGUGGAUACCUUGUCCCUUCUGCUUUCCUUGGCUAAUGUCACUGCACACUCUAAUGUACUUGUAUUUGAUAUGCUCGAGGGUAUAGUUACUGGCUCUGUUGCAGAGCGGAUGGGAGGAAUGGGUUAUGUAUGCAAUCCACAUUGUGGAACCACUCCGUUACCCAUUAGUAUUGUCCGGAUGUUCAAUUUCAGCGAUGAUACUUGCAAAAGGAUAUUACAUGCUUCGCUCACUGAGUUACAACCCUCCAAUGGUGAAAUUUCAAUACCCAGUGACCAGCUUGUAGAUGAAUGUAAUAUAAAAGAAAAUAAAGAUACCCUGUCCUCUUCAGCUAAAGAUUUGGUCAAUAUGGAGGAAAUCAGCACCACGAAUAUGGACACCGACAAUAAUGUGGCUGCUUCUCCAAAAUGUGCUAAAACUGUCAAGGCUGGUGAGAAGGCACCCCCAGAGACUAUCAAACACUGGAAGGAACAUGGCUUUUCCAGUUUGAUAAUCGCGGCUCCAAACUUGGAUGCCUGGGACAUUGCAAAAGACCUGGUGCCACUUUUGUCAUACUCGGCGCCAUUUGUGAUUUAUCACCAGUACCUCCAGCCUCUAGCCACAUGCAUGAACAACCUGCAGAGCAACAAAAUGGCCAUCAACUUGCAUGUUUCCGAACCUUGGUUACGCGAAUAUCAGGUUCUUCCCUCAAGAACACAUCCACAUAUGCAGAUGAGUUCAUCAGGAGGCUAUCUGUUGAGUGGUACUCGGAUAAGUAGCAGUCAUCAAAAUUAGUUUCAUCACAGCAAAUAUAUGGAAUCACUUCAAUUUCUCCUGUUAUCAAUACAUUCCAACUUUCAAUUUUCACACAUUAGAAAAUAUAAUUUAUAUUCUUUGAAAAGUGUUAUAUUUACAUGGAGUGCAA